ACAUUUCCUCUCUCUCUCUCUCUCUCUCUCUUUCUUUCUUCUUUAAAAACAUUCCUCCUAUUUUUUAGGAAUAAAUUGUUUGGAUCCGUUGCAUUUACUCUAAAAGAAAUCAUAAAAAAAAAAAUGGCACCUCAACAACAACAGAAGAAUGUUGGAAUCCUCGCUAUGGAAAUUUACUUUCCUCCUACUUGCAUUCAACAGGAAAUAUUGGAAGCUCAUGAUGGAGCAAGCAAAGGUAAAUACACAAUUGGUCUUGGACAAGAUUGCAUGGGAUUUUGCACUGAGGUUGAAGAUGUUAUAUCAAUGAGUUUAACAGCUGUUACUUCCCUUUUGGAGAAGUAUGCUAUUGAUCCAAAGCAAGUUGGUAGAUUGGAAGUUGGAAGUGAGACUGUUAUCGAUAAAAGUAAAUCCAUCAAGACGUUCCUGAUGCAAAUAUUUGAGAAAUGUGGGAAUACUGACAUUGAAGGAGUUGACUCAACUAAUGCAUGCUAUGGUGGAACUGCUGCAUUGUUCAACUGUGUGAAUUGGGUGGAGAGCUCUUCAUGGGAUGGACGCUAUGGACUUGUUGUAUGCACAGAUAGUGCGGUCUAUGCUGAGGGACCUGCUAGGCCAACUGGAGGAGCUGCUGCCAUUGCUAUGCUAAUUGGCCCUGAUGCCCCUAUUGUUUUUGAAAGCAAGAUCAGGGCUAGUCAUAUGGCUCAUGUCUAUGAUUUUUACAAGCCCAUCCUAGACAGUGAAUAUCCAGUGGUUGAUGGAAAGCUUUCACAAACUUGUUAUCUCAUGGCACUUGAUUCUUGCUACAAGAUCUUGUGCGACAAAUACGAGAAAUUGGAAGGCAAUCAGUUUUCGAUUUCUGAUGCAGCCUACUUUGUGUUCCAUUCACCAUACAACAAGCUUGUACAGAAGAGCUUUGCUCGGUUGGUAUUCAAUGACUUUAUGAGGAAUGCUAGCUCCAUCGAUGAAUCUGCUAAAGAAAAGCUAGCCCCAUUUUCGUCCCUAAGUGGUGAUGAAAGCUACCAAAGCCGUGAUCUUGAGAAGGCAUCCCAGCAAGUUGCAAAACCGUUUUACGAUGAGAAGGUUCAACCUACCACAUUAAUACCAAAACAAGUUGGCAACAUGUACACUGCUUCUCUGUAUGCGGCUUUUGCAUCACUCCUUCACAAUAAGCACAACACAUUGGCUGGACAACGGGUAGUUUUGUUCUCCUAUGGUAGUGGAUCGACUGCAACAAUGUUCUCACUCAAGCUUAAUGAAGGUCAACAUCCAUUUAGCUUGUCAAACAUUGCAAGUGUGAUGAAUGUUGCAGAGAAAUUGAAAUCAAGAAAUGAGUUCACUCCCGAAAAAUUCGUCGAAAUAAUGAAACUAAUGGAGCACAGAUAUGGAGCCAAGGACUUUGUCACUAGCAAAGAUUGUAGCCUUCUAGCUCCAGGAACUUACUACCUCACAGAGGUUGAUUCCAAGUACCGAAGAUUUUAUGCCAAGAAAGUUGCUGAGAAUGGAGUGGCCAACGGUCACUGAAGAUAGUCCUAGCAGCAAGGUGUAAUGCCAAGAAUGUGGCUUAUGCUGUUUUAGUUGUCAACGAAGGAAAUAACGUCUUAGUAAAGUUGUUUCUAUUUAAAUAGUGUAGCUUCUCUGCCUUCCUUUCUGUGUUUCUUUGUUUUGUUUUUCUUCAAUUAAAGUUUAAGAAUUCAAUGUUUCUUGUGUUAGACUUUGGAGAUAAUUUGUAAGAUGAUUGACAGAUCAUCAAUGUAAUCUUGAUUGAAAUUCAUUGAGCAGAUUUCCUGACCUCUGCACUCAUAAA